GACAUGACGACAUGGACUUGUUAGUGUGCACGGUGUUCAUUGUGUUUGCGCGCGCCGCCGCCAUCAGCACACACAGCACAGAUUCGCUCCAAGAGGUCUUGUCCGAAUUCCGCGUGGUUCUUCCAAUCAGGACCGACGCGCGGGGCCGCUUCCUGUCGGCGUCGGUCUCUGCCCACUCUCCGCCCCGCAGCAAAAGACACGCCCCCUGGAACGAGACAUCGUGGACAGACACGGCGGAUUCUGAGUCGGAGCUCUUCUACAAUGUGACGGUGUUUGGGCGGGAGCUGCACCUGCGGCUGCGCGCCAACCGCCGCCUGGUGGCCCCGCGAGCCACCAUGGAGUGGUGGGAGGAGUCAGGACUUAAGCGCUCAGAGCCAAUUAGAGACACCGGCUGCUUCUACACGGGGGGCGUGUCCAACAUGGAGCGCACAAGCGUUGCCCUUAGCAACUGUGAUGGACUGGCUGGGAUGAUCCGAACAAGUGAGGAGGAGUUCUUCAUCGAGCCGUUGCAUCGCCGGGGGUUGGGAGGCCAGGGCGAAGACGAGCAUCAUGAAGGAGGAAGACAACACAUCGUCUAUCCAUCGUCCGCUAUCAUCAAGUCCAAACAACGGGCAGUCAAUCAAACUGCUGACUUCCUGCGAGGACCGCUCUUAGGUUCCUUGGAACAGCUAAGUUCCAAAUCCACUUCAGGUUGGCGGCGGCGCCGCUACAUCGAAGAGGCGGAUAUGUUCAACAUAGAGGUCCUGCUAGCUGUGGAUUAUUCCGUCCUUCUUUUUCACGGACAAGAACACGUCCAGAAAUAUCUUAUCACCCUGAUGAACAUCGUUAACGAGAUAUAUCAAGAUCAUUCCCUUGGUGCCAAUGUCAACAUUGUUCUGGUGCGAAUCAUCAUGCUGUCUCCAUCCAAGUCCCAGGAGCUGAUCUCAGUGGGAAACGCCCAGAGGAGUCUGGAGAACGUCUGCGGCUGGUCCUACAUCCAGCAGAGGGAGCAGAACCCCAACCAGCAGCACGACCACCUGGUCUACCUGAGCAGACGAGAGUUUGGACCAUCCGGCAUGCAGGGCUACGCUCCGGUCACGGGAAUGUGUCAGAUGCACCAGAGUUGCGUUCUGGUCUUGGAAGACGGUUUCUCAUCAGCCUUCGUCGCUGCUCAUGAAAUCGGACAUGUGUUGGGAAUGGAGCACGACGGCGAGGCCAACGAGUGUGACGACGACGUGUCCCUGGGCAGCAUCAUGUCGCCACAAGUGGAGGCCACGUUCUACCGCUACCACUGGUCCAGAUGCAGCUGGAGCGAGCUGCACAAGUACCUGCACACGUACGACUGUCUCCGGGACGACCCGUUCAGCCCCGACUGGCCGACUCCGCCCCUUUUGCCAGGGUUCGAGUACUCCAUGGAGCAGCAGUGCAGCUUUGACUUCGGCCCAGGAUACGGAACCUGUAAUGCUUAUCCCAACACGCAGCCUUGCCAGCAGCUGUGGUGCAGCGACUACAACCAUCCUUUUUUCUGUAGAUCCAAGAAGGGUCCGCCUCUGGACGGGACGCCGUGCGGACCCGGCAAGCACUGCUUCAAAGGCUUCUGCAUUACGCUGACGGCCAACCUCCUGCGACAAGAUGGCGCCUGGAGCUCGUGGAGCGGCUACGCCAGCUGCUCCAGGACUUGCGGGGGCGGUGUCCGGAUCCGCUCCAGGAACUGCGACAGCCCGCCGCCAGCCAACGGGGGGCGCACCUGCUUUGGAAAUAGUUUCGAGUUCCAACUGUGCAACCAACAGCACCAGUGCCCCGCCAUGACAGACUUCAGGGCGGAGCAGUGUAGCGCCUGGGAUGACUUUUUAGAACAUGGAGGAAAAAAACAUCGCUGGCUGCCUGUCGAACACGCCAACCCCGACGAGCGAUGCAAUCUGUUCUGUCGCUCCGACGAGACGGGCGCACUGGUGUCCAUGAAGAGAGCAGUGCACGAUGGGACGCUGUGCUCCUACAGGGACGCCUACAGCGUGUGUGUUCGAGGAGAGUGUGAGCACGUGGGCUGCGACGGGGAGAUCGCGUCGGACCUCCAGGAGGACCGUUGCGGGGUGUGCGGUGGAGAUCAUUCCCGCUGUCGUGUGGUCAAAGGGAACUUCAGUCGCAGCGCCAACAAAACAGGUUACCUGAAGAUCCUGGAGAUUCCUCGAGGCGCGCGACACCUCCUGGUGCAGGAGUUCAGGAGGACCCCUCACGUCCUCGCGGUGAAGAACCAGGAGAGCGGCCGCCUGUUCCUGAACGACGAGGACGCGGAGCCGACGUCCCGCGUGCUGGUGGAGAUGGGCGUGGCCUGGCGGUACACCCGCAGCGAGGAGCAGGAGGUGGUCCAGACCGAGGGGCCGCUCAAGUACGCCGUGGUCCUCAUGCUCCGUUCCCAUGGCGAUGCCAAGCUGACGGUGUCCUACAAGUACGUGAUCCAGGACCACCUGCGCUCUUCGCUGGAGUCCAACCUGGUGCAGGAGGACGCCAUCUUCUACGAGUGGGCGCUCAAGCAGUGGUCUCAGUGCUCCCAGUCAUGCGGAGGAGGGAAACAGUACACCCGCUUCGGAUGCCGCCGGAAGGCAGACGGGGUGAUGGUUCAGAGAACGUUGUGCUCCAACAUCAGCAAACCGAGAGCCAUCACGCGCAGCUGCAACACCGACGUCUGCAGCCCGCCACGCUGGAUGACCGGCGGCUGGGAGGCCUGCGGCGCCUCCUGUGGACAAAGCGGCUGGCAGCGUCGCUGGGUGGGCUGCCAGCUGGUGUCCGUCGGCGGGCGCCGGCUUUCCGUCAACAGCGAACUCUGCCAGGACCGCCGGCCGGACGCCAAACGGCCCUGCAACCGCCUCCCGUGCCCGGCGGUGUGGCGGGCCGGGCCCUGGACGCCGUGUUCCGUCACCUGCGGCGACGGCACGCAGGAGCGUCAGGUAGCCUGCGUCCGGCCCGAAGGAUCCUCGGGGAACUGCAGUCUCGUCCCGCCCAUCGCCAACCGCACCUGCCGAGCGCCACCGUGUGGCGGCGACCCGAAGAACUUCAUGGUCCAAUGGCUGUCCAGAUCCAGUACGGACGUCCCGCCGGCUAAGACCGCCUCAAGGCAGCGUUGCCGUGGCGACCGCUCGGCAUUCUGUCGGCUGGAGGCGCUCGGUCGCUACUGUGCCAACGCCGGGUACCGACAAAUGUGCUGCAAGUCCUGCAGCAACUUCAGCGUUUCCGCCACAGUGACGCCACAGCCGAGCCCCUCCCCCUCCAGCAGCACAUGGACAGUGACUCCGCCCCCCAGCACCACCGACUUUAUUUACGUGGAUUACGACGACGACGCGCUCGUCACUCCCGUGACCGCGCCGCCGUUUUUCCUCACGGAGUCCACGCCCGCUUCUGCUAUGGCAACCUCUGUUGCUAUGGUAACCGCCGCGGGGCAAACAGCACUAACCCCGCCGCUCGGGACAGUCGCCGAUGUCAUCGCCCCGAGCGGGAGGCGCACCUCCGGCGGACGUUCGUCUUCCUUUCGGGCGACGUCGCCGAAGGCGGCGAAGCAGUCGGCGGGCGAGGUUUCCUACGGCAUCGUGGGAUUGGACGCUGACGGGACGAGGGGCCCGCAGAGCCACUUUGUGCCCCGGGUGCCCCCCGUCCGGGAGCGGACGCAAAACAAACGCAUCCAGGAGCUUCUGAACGAGAAGCUGCGGAGGCCCGGACGGCGCCGCCGACCCGGCGCCUUGUAGGACACGUCGUUUGCGUUUUUGUUCGUCUGGUGGCGCUGGCUUGUUUUUGUGAGUCCAAUAAAAGGCAAAGUCUCAACUCACUCAUCAAGUCAACCACAAUCAACCACAUGAUGACUUCAAUUCAAUGAGCAGGAUACGAGGGCACGACCGAUUAAUCGCCAGCCGAAAUUAGCCCUUUUCAAAUCGCCCGAUUGUCCUUACAAUUUUUUCUUUUUUUACACAUAUCAAAAAUAUCGGCAAGAAUUCUUUCCAGAUUUUUCGCUCUGUUGUGAAGUGAGACAAAUACUCAAGGACAAAAUCUUGUAAAACAGUCAAAUGUUCUGCCUGUAGUUCAAAUCUGUAUUAAGUAUUCUCUUUUUCAUAAUAUAUUUUUUUAUUAAUCGGCCGACCUAUCUGAAUUUUAUUCUUCUAAAUGUCGGAAUCGGUUGGGCCCUAAUAAAAAGUCCAAACACCCCCGUUUAAAUGCCAGGUUUUGGUGAUGGAAAAAAAUGAAACCAAGAUAAAUCAUUUCAAAACUUUUUCCAUCACGAUAACUUCUAUAGCUAAAUUUGGGGGAAAAUACAUUUUGGGGAUGUAAAAUGAAACAGAUGAUAUAAUGCGGUAGAAAAGGUUUGCACACUCUCUAAUAACUGAUUUUCUUUCACUUCUACAGCUUCUAGGUCACAUAACGUUUAAGGUUAAAAAAAAAAAAAAAAGGUUGAAAUGAUUUAUCUUGGUCUCCUUUUUGAUAUUACAAAAAAGCUGGCCUUUGAACAGGUGCACGUAGACUUUUUAUAUCCACUCUACAUCGGAGCUUUCUGCUAAAGGUGACGAGACAAGUAGCCUCGUGCAAUUUUCCGGAUUUUGAGGUGGCCCGCGCCCCCUGGUUCCCCCUGGAAUAGAUCUGCCCCUGCACCGAGAAGAGCUCCACAUUCAGAGGCAAAACAUUUCGCAAUCUUUAGUAAGGUGACAAUUUUGAAAGCAGUUACUUGAGGAUCAUUAGUGUCAUAUGUUUUCAGAUUUCAUUUUGACACGGGGCAGGAAGUGGAGGAAACCAUUUGUGGUCCAACUCCAAGCUGAAUACAAAUUUGGAGAUAGACAUUUAUUUCAGCGUUCAGAAUCUAUGGGAACCCUUUCUAACAUUUCAAAGCUAGGUUUGACUAUCCAGAAUGAAUACUGUAGAUAGCGACAUCGUCUCUGACUCGUCGUCUCUGAUUCCAGUUUCAAAUGUUGGAAUUUUCAUCGCCGAUGCGACAUCUGUAACGUGAUUGCGACGAGUCGAAACGACAGAUCGAUAUCUGUAAAUGGGUUUUGCCUUGUUGAAACUGAAUUUCAAAUAUCUGCAAAGUCAUUUG